AUGAGACGCACGUGUCUGCCGAUCAUAUUCACCCAAUUCAAUUUUCACAAAAUUAGGGUUCCUUAUUCCUCCCUUUCUAAAGAAUGUCCGAGACGCCAGAAAUCUUCUCUCAAUGCGACAUUUCUGAGCAAGAAAAGGAGAAACUGGUUGGGGAAGUGAUCCGCUACAUCCUGUUCAAGACUGAGCAAAAUUCAGGGUGUCCGAUAAGAAGGGAAGAAUUGACUCAGUUGAUUACUGGUAAAGGGUACAAGCAGAGAAAUUUGCCCGCUUAUGUAAUCAAUGAGGCCAAGUCAAAGCUCUCAUCGAUUUUUGGGUAUGAACUGAGAGAACUUCAGCGGUCUCGGCCUUCUGUUUCAGUUAAUCCAGGGCGUGCCUCGCGAUCACAGCAAUCCGUGGCUGAUGCAAAAUCAUAUAUACUCAUCAGUCAGCUACCAGCUGAUAUCUACAGAAAAUUUGUGGAGGAUACAAGUUCAUCACACAUGACGGGUUUUACUUUUGUUGUUAUCGGCAUUAUCCAUCUUGGUGGAGGCAAAGUUACAGAAGAAAGUCUUUGGCAUCACCUAAGGCGGUUGGGAUUGCAUGAAAAUGAGGAAAACCAUCCGGAUUUUGCAAACACAAAACUGGCAUUAGAAGCACUUGUCCAGAAAAGAUAUCUACAGAAAGAAAAAGUCAAUGGCCCUGAAGGAAGCACUGUAUAUUAUGAGCUUGCUGAGAGGGCUCUAGAUGGAACAAUCAAUGACAGAAUCAAAGAAUACGUAUCUCAGAUUGUGCAAAAAGAUGUCACCUCACUGGAGGCUGAUUAAAUUUCUUAUUUCGGGUGGAUUGUUUUUGUACAAGUUCACCUACC